AUGCUGCAUUCCCAAUCCUGCCAAGUGGAUACUCAACAGGUUUUGAUGCUUAGUACACUCGGGCUCUCGCGCGGCAUCGUAGCGCCCGUGCUAGCCUUCCCCUCGGUUCCCGAAACGACGCGCAACGAGAUCUGGGCCUGGUACGCGUAUUACAUCGGCGCCAAUGGGCUCGCGCUCUUCAACUUCGGCCCCACGGCCUUCCAAAACCUCCUGUCUCAAGCCGCGCCCGCCGACACUGGGCUCCUCGAUUUCGCAGGCGGUUCGCACAAUGUGAAUUCCAUCGUGCUCCUCAGCAACGGCAUUAGUUUCGCCAUCCAAGCCGCUUUGUUCCUGGCCAUAGGCGCUUACGCGGAUUUCGGGACCGGCAGACGGUGGAUCUUGGUGUUUUUCAGCCUGGCGAGUUACGGCAUUGGGUUCGCAUGGCUCGCGGUGCACGAGCCGGCCAAUUGGAAGGUGGGCGCGGGGCUGUACAUGGUGGGGUUAAUCUGCUACCAGCUAACGCUAACGUACUGGACGGCGGCGUUCCCGGCACUGGCGAGGAACACGCCCAGACUACGAGAGGCGGCGCGGAAGUAUGCCGAGGGGGGGAUGACGCAGCGCGAGUACGAUGUCGAGGACGAGGUGGAGCGGAGCCGGUUGAGCAACGUGGCGUUUUACGUACAGAGCGUCGGGGAGGUGUUUAUCCUGGCCGUUAUCGUGGGCGUGAUGUUUGCGGUGCAUGUUACGGCGAGCACGGAGGCGAAUAACUGGGGGCUGAGCGUUUUGAUUGCGGUUGCGACGGCGUUUUGGGCGGCGCUUUCGAUUCCGUGGUUUUUCAUGGAGAAGAAGAGGCCGGGGUUGAAGAUCCCGAAGGGCAAGAACAUCAUCACGGUGGGGCUGUGGCAGCUGUGGUUGGCGCUGACGCAGAUUUGGAGCCUGAGGCAGAGUCUGAUUUACCUUGUCGGGUACUUCCUGCUCGGCGACUCGCUCAAUACGACAGUUACCGUCAUCGGAACCCUGCAGAACGAGGUGGUCGCGUACGACACGCUCACUCUGACGUACCUGCUGAUCGUGGGCAUCGUCGCCCAGGCCGUGGGCAUCGGCACCUUCUGGCUCAUCCAGAAGUACAUGCACUUCAGCGCCAAGGCCAUGUUCAACGCUGUCAUGGUCGGCAUCAUUCUACUCGACGGCUGGGGCAUGAUCGGAAACUGGACCGACAAGUUUGGCUUCCACAACGUCUGGGAAUUUUGGCUUUAUCAGGCUUUCUACGGCUUGUUCGUAUGUCCCUGGUACUCGUACUCGCAGAUCCUCAUCUCUUCUGUGACCCCUCGAGGACACGAGUUCCUCUUCUUCAGUUUCUUCAGCAUCGUCGGCAAGACGUCGUCAUUUAUCGGUCCGCUGGUGAGCAGUGCCAUAAUCGACGCUUCGCCGGGCGGAGACGACAAUAGUUCGCCCUUUUACUUCCUGUUUGCCCUGAGCCUCGUCAGUGCCGCAGGUAUAUGGAUAUUUUUGGAUUUAGAGAAGAGCGCAAGGGAGCAAGAGGCAUUCUUGGCUAAGGAGAAGGCCAAGCUGGAUUUGGAGACUAGCAGCACACGUACAUAG